UUCAUUCAAGGGGAUGGGAUAAUGCCAACAAGAAAGCAGAAAAAUAUUAAGUGGUUUGGAUUUUUAACUUUGAGGCGGUUUUCGGUGGCAUGCGCCUUGGAAGAUCCCUACAGAUAAUUUGAUUCCCGAUUUCUUGCCCGUUGGUUUUGGCAUUUUAAUUGAAAUAACUUUCACUAUCAGCCUGUCAUUUACGACGAGUUUCCGUCGCCAUUGUGUUGUGUCGACAAGGACAUUUUUUUCCAACUAGCUCGCCUGGAAAUGAGUUCGAAAUCAGAGAAAGAUAGGCAAAAGGCCAUCCAAGACAAAUGUCAACAACUACUGAAUGAAAUGCUGCGCGAUGAAGACAACAAAUAUUGUGUUGAUUGUGAUGCCAAGGGUCCAAGAUGGGCAUCAUGGAAUCUUGGUAUCUUUCUGUGUAUUCGGUGUGCUGGAAUCCAUCGCAACUUAGGUGUUCACAUUUCAAAAGUGAAAUCCGUCAAUCUUGACACGUGGACUCCUGAGCAAGUUGUGAGUUUGCAAAACAUGGGCAACAGCAGAGCUCGUGCAGUAUAUGAAGCCAAUCUCCCCGAUAACUUUAGACGUCCCCAAACAGACUCUCCUCUAGAGGCAUUUGUCCGUGCCAAAUAUGAACAAAAGAAGUAUAUUGCCCGCGAAUGGGUUCCUCCCACAAUCGGAAAGGUAAAUUGGGAUAAAGAAAUAGAAGAGGAGGAACAGGCUAGAAGACGCCGUAAAGAGAGCAAAUCAGGUACACCACAACUAGCAAGAACUUUAACAUCAUCUCCAGGAGGCCAUUCUAUGACAUCUGAAAUACCUGCGCCUCUUCCUAAGCCAAAAAGCUCAGCGAGUCCAAAACCAUCUCGCACCUUAGGAUCAAGCUCUGCGAGUCCUGCUCCUUCCACUAACAUAAUUUCUUCUAGUGCUACACUUGAUUUACUGGGCCUAGAUACCCCUACUGGUAGCUCAUCUUCACCCAGCAAAGGUGAUGAUAUUUUUUCUGGAUUUUUGAGUGCUCCGCCUGUAGCUGGCUCAUCAGCAGCACUAAGCACAACACAAGCUCCAGAACCUCUCCAAAAUGAAACUGCUGCUAAUCUAGCAGACAGUAAACGGUCUGCUGAAGAAAAUAGUUUCUUUAAUCAGCCUGCUGCCACAGCUCAAGAGAAGAAGCAGCUCACCAAAGACUCUAUUCUAGCUCUUUACUCCAGUGUGCCUACUUCUGCAACACCACCAGCACAAGCCCAGGCGCCCCAACAAUUUGGAGUGUUCCCCUCCCAAGGCAUUGCUGGUUUUGGUUCUGUGCCCCCUACUGGUAUGGGGCUGAAUUAUCCCAUGUCCAAUGGUAUGAUGAUGCCCCCUGCUCCUAAUGGGUCACAGAAUGGUAUGUUUGGUUCCUCUGUGGGCCAAUCUGGAUUGGUAAAUUCUGGUAGUGGCAUUCCACAAAUGACUUCUAAUCCCUUCUUCAACAUGACAAGUAUACCUACCAACAGUGUACCUGUUCAAAAUCCUAUGAAUCAGCUCCCUCAACAAAUGAAUAUGCUCAACUUGUCUGGGGCUCCUGGAGUUGGUAUUCCUCAACAAGGUUUUGGAGCUGGAAGUACUGGUGGAAACCCAUGGGCUAAUCCAAGUCAGCCUAUGACAAUGCCUCAGUCCUCAAUACCUCAAAGUCAAACAGCACUAGGUCAUACAUUAGCUACUAAUUUAUGGCAGUAAUUUUUUUUUUAGGGAUUUUGCACCUUCAAUUUACAUUGUGCAUCAGCCCUGUUGACUAUCAUGAUGUUGACAGUAUUAUAAGACUUGCAUUAGCUCAGUUUCUUUGCUGUUUGCAAAUUGUGCUAGCUUUUGAUAUCAAUGAGAGAACUUACCAUCAUGAGACUUGUGCUUCUAUGGUAUUAUUGGUUAAGUAUUUCUUCAUUCUAAUUUCUAAUAGUUAAGAAGAAAUCCUCUGGAUUAAGUGUGAUUUCGGGUGGUUUCUACAUUAAGAGUGUUGACUUCAAGUUUAACAUAUCUGCACAUUUUUUCCUUUAUUCACAUUAUGUAUAGGUGAUGGUUGUUCCUUAAUUUGGCUGAUAAUGUGGAGCAAACAUAGUGGAAAUGGUGCACUGUAAUUAUUCAACAUUUUCCUCAAUUUUAUUUGUUGUAUUUGUUGAAUUAUGUAUAUAAGCAAGCCUGAACUGAGAUUGAGGCGCUUUGCUAUGUGCAAUGGUUGUGCUUCAGAUUGUGUCCAAAUACAAUCUGUGUUGUGUUUUAUGGAAUGUGUUACCAGAUGGUGCCAAGAGUCUGUGCCAGCCUCUAAUACAUAUUCCUUUACCCCGUGUAUUUUCUAGGGACAGAAGUAAUCAUAUUUGUUAACUUUCCAUUUUUCAAUAUUUAUUGUAGUUAAUCUCAAAUAAUGUGAUACUGUUCUCUACAUUCCAACAUGCUGAAAUGCCUUUGCUGUUGGAAAGAUGUGCCGGUAUCAUUUAGGGACCCUUCUAUAAUUGCUUUAGUAAAAUGAGUUCAUGCUCACUAGUGCCCAUUGUUUAGUUAAAUGUUACAAUGACAUUUUGGUAGUGUUUCAAAUCCAAGAAAUCUAGUUAUUAAAACCCGCUUUAUUUCCUGUAACUUGUGUGUGAGAAGGACAAAGAUCCUGGUGUUGAUUAGUAUGUUGGUUGCCCAAUAUUUGUAUCUAUCCAACAACUUCACCUUGGCGUAGUUCCUCCUACGCUUGAGGACGUUAACUUGAUUAUAGUUUGUGUGAUAUGUUAUUGUUUCAUGAAUUUAAAGAAAAUACUUGGGUUGCAGCGGUUACCAUUUUAAGUUUUAAUAGUAUUUUAAUUGCCCCAGUUCACCAUGUUGUUAAAAUUUGGAAGUAGUUUUCCAUAUAUAUUGUCAUAUUUUAAAAACCUCUGGUUGAGAGUGGUACGAAUAUUAUUUUUUUAACUGUGAAUGUUUCAUUUACAGGGUGUCAGUUUCAAACAAAGUACUUCCUGGUAUUAUCUCAAAAUUAAAAUGUUCUUUUAACACUUUAA